GCUAAGGCCAAGGUCCCAGGUCUCGAGCCUCCCCAGUCUCCGGGCCGCAGGGCCCCUCGGCAGCGUGGGGCCCCGGGGGGCUUCCGGGGCUUGGCUCCCCCGGAGGGGCCGCCGGCUCGACGCGGCCCGAUCCCAGAGGCUGGGGCGCGUGCGGCGCAGGGCCCACGACCCCUGCGCCCCCGGGCCCUUCCGCCCCGCCGCACCCCGCGCUGUCCUCGGAGCACACCCGAGGAGCGUUCGUGAACGUGACCGGGUGUGUCUCACAAACUUAGUGACCGGUCAGAGCACGAGCCCCUUCAGAACCAGAGCCCCAGGCUCCCGGGAUUCGGCCUCCAAAGCUGCAGCCUCUUAGGAAGAACCGGGAAGGGUGUGAGCGAGACGGACCGGCGCCUUGGAUCCUAAUGGCUCUUGUUUUUCGACGAUUGAGGGGUGCCAUGUACUGUAAUUUGUGGAGCACGUUUCUGAAUGGCUCACGAUUUCAGAAGUAACCUAGAGAGUCUUUUAUGCCAUCAAAGAAAAAAGGACUGAGUGCAGAGGAGAAGAGAGCCCGCAUGAUGGAAAUAUUUUUUGAGACGAAAGAUGUGUUUCAACUAAAAGACAUGGAGAAGAUUGCUCCCAAAGAGAAAGGCAUUACUGCUAUGUCAGUGAAAGAAGUCCUUCAAAGCUUAGUUGACGAUGGGAUGGUUGACUGUGAGAGGAUUGGAACAUCUAAUUAUUACUGGGCUUUUCCAAGUAAAGCUCUUCAUGCGAGGAAACGCAAGUUGGAGGUUCUGGAAUCUCAGUUAUCUGAGGGAAACCAAAAGCAUGCAAGUCUACAGAAAAGCAUUGAGAAAGCUAAAAUUGGCCGACAUGAAACGGAAGAACGAACCAUGCUAGCAAAAGAGCUGUCUUCACUUCGAGACCAAAGGGAACAGCUGAAGACAGAAGUAGAAAAAUACAAAGAAUGUGACCCACAAGUUGUGGAAGAAAUACGUCAAGCAAAUAAAGUAGCCAAAGAAGCUGCUAACAGAUGGACCGCAUCUUUACCAGGAGUAGAGUCCAUCACAAGAAAUCACUUUCUUUGCUCAUCCAUGAGAAGCAACUCCUCAUCUCUUCAAAUUUGAUCCUGAGAUUGCAGCAGUUCAGUUCUGUUCAGGCCCCACCUUGAAUUCCAGCUCUCUCGCUAUUCCCACCACAUCUGCAGUUACUUCCUCCGCUGAAGUCUUGAGCUCCUCACCGUCAUCUUUGAGUUGGAACCAACUUCUUCCAAAUUUGUUAAUGUUGAUAUGCAGACCUCUUCCCAUGAAUCCUGGAUGUUCUUAAUAGCAUCUUGAAUGGUGAAUCCUUUCCAGAAAGUUUUUCAUUUACUUUGCUCACAUCCAUCAGAGGACUCACUGUCUAUGGCUGCUAUAGCCUUAUGCAGUGUAUUUCUUAAAUAAAGGGAAUGCUGUGGCUGGUUUGAUCCUCUUUCCAGACCACUCUGACUUUCUCCAUAUCAGCAACGAGGCCGUUUCCCUUUCUUACCAUUUGUGUGUUCACUGGAGUAGCACUUGCUGUUUCUUUCAAGAACUCUUUCUUUGCACUCACAACUUGUCUAGCACAAGGGGCCUAGUUUUCAGCCUGUUUUGGCUUUUGACGUGCCUUCCUCACCAAGCUUCAUCAUUUCUAGCUAUUGAUUUAAAGUGAGGGAUGUGCAACUCUUCCUUUCACCUGAACACUUAGAGGCUGUUGUUGGGUUUAUUCAUUGGCCUAAUUUCAAUGUUGUUGUGUCUCAGGAAAUAGGGAGGCCUGAGGGGAGGUACGGAGAUGGGGGAACAGCCAGCUGGUGAGACAAACACACAAAACAUUUAUUAAGUAUGCUGUCUUAUAUAGGUGCAGUUCGUGGUGCCCCCAAACAGUAUAAUAGUAGCAUCAAAGGUCUCCAGAACAAAUCUAAUAAUAUUAAUGAAAGACUUUCAAAUACGUGAAAAUUACCAAAAUGUGACAUAAAUAUAUGAAGUGAGCAAAUGCUAUUAGAAGAAUGGUGCCAAUAGACUUCCUCAACACAUGGUGGCCACAAACCUGCAAUAUGUAAAAACUGCACUAUCUUCAAAAUACAAUAAAGUGAAGUACAAUAAAUGAGAUUAGAUAUUUAGAUUCUUUUUAUUUUUUCUUUUAUUACAUUGGAAUAAAGAUUUAAUCAUAAAUCUUUGUACACAAUUUAUUUUGUUUCUCUGGGAUAAAUUCCUAUAAGUAGACAUAACACUUCAGUGGCAAAAUGCAUUUUAAAUUUCCCUGUAGAGGACACGAAGGAUGCAUCUGCUCCUAUCUUAGUCUGAAAAUAGGGAACUACCUUCUGUUCUCCUCUCCCCUUCUCCCUCACACUGGCCUGAUUAUCUGGAAACCAUUAUCAUCUGUGGGGAAGGGAAGAAGGUCUGGAGAGAAUGUGUACCCUUUGGGAACAGGAGCAAUUGUAAUUCCUGAGGUAAGAGUGUUGGCCUCUGCUGUGAAAAUGUGGAAGAAACACCAUUGUUAGCCUUUCCCUGUUUUUGGAUUAUUCUUAAGUCAGGUAUUUAGUGGCGACUGAUUUGCUGAAUUUUUAAAUAUGAGAUCUGGUUGCUCAAAGUACUAAAGUAUUUUCUUUCUUCGGAAAUGAAUUGCCAUUACUUUUGAAAAUAAAGCAUACUUCUUAUGUUGAUACUUCUGAAAGUAAUAGAAGUAACAAAAAUGAAUAUAAUUAUAUUUGACAUGUUUAUGAUUGUGUU